CAAAUUAAGCUUCCGCUUGUUUAAAGUGGCCCAAUCACAGCGCUCUUGACUCAGCAUUCUUACCGUUUAUCCUCUAUUUAAACGUCACUUACCGCAGACCAAUCACAGUCUAUUGACUAAGCAUCCCAAUUUGGUUUUUUGCCGUCUAACCUUUUUAUUUAAAACUUCACUUUCCCGCUCCAGCUUUGAUCCUGUCAACGCAAUGUCUUCAUCUAACCAACCUUGCUUGAAAACAGCAGAAUGCAAUUACGAUUAUUGCUACGCCGAAACAGUAGAACCUGCCGUCGGGGCUAAAGGUAGGAUCAUAUCAGGCGGAUUCACAGUAUCAUUUCGCCAUUGACACCGUUUUCAGAUCUUGUCAAGAAACUGGGAUUUUUAGAUCGCUUUCUGGCUCUAUGGAUUAUCCUGGCCAUGAUCGUGGGUGUCCUCAUUGGAUAUUAUGUGCCUGGCGUUCAACCAGCAUUUGCCACCGUCGAAUUCAGUUCAGUGUCCGUGCCCAUUGCCAUUGGACUGCUGGUCAUGAUGUACCCGGUUCUGUGCAAACUAGAGUACGAGCAGCUACCGAAAAUAUUUUCACAACGUGAAAUAUGGGUCCAAUUGGCUCUUUCGUUCGUCUUGAAUUGGAUUGUCGGUCCUAUCCUCAUGACGGGUCUCGCAUGGGCCACUCUGUUUGAUUUGGAAGGAUAUCGCACGGGCGUGAUCAUGGUCGGCAUGGCUCGAUGUAUUGCUAUGGUCUUGAUCUGGAAUGAAAUUGCUAUGGGCAAUCCAGACUACUGUGCCAUUCUCAUGGUGUUCAAUUCUGUCUUGCAAAUUGCUCUGUACUCACCCCUCUGUGUGUUGUUUAUCAACAUCGUCCCUACUUGGUUCGGUGGACAUGUAGACGCAGAAAUUCAAUUGGAAAUGUGGCCGGUCGUGCAAUCCGUCCUGAUCUACCUCGGCAUUCCUUUAGCUGCAGGUUUCUUAACACGCAUACUCCUAAUCCGUCUGGUGAAUAAGCACUGGUACGACACCAAAUUUCUUCCACGCAUUGGACCCUUUGCCUUGAUCGGACUGCUAUAUACCAUCAUCGUUAUGUUUGCUAAUCAAGGCCAUCAUAUCGUGACCAAUAUUGGCUCGGUGUUCCGAGUCAUGGUCCCUAUGCUCUGCUAUUUCAUCAUCAUGUUCUUUGGAACAUUCAUGGUCUGUCGCCUAAUGGGCUUUCCAUAUACUCAGGCAGUCACCCAAUCGUUCACAGCUGGAAGUAAUAACUUCGAAUUGGCCAUUGCUGUCGCCGUAGGGGUGUAUGGCAUCAACUCUGAUCAAGCUUUGGCCGCUACCAUUGGCCCACUUAUAGAAGUGCCAGUAUUGCUCAUUCUCUCUUAUUUGUCACUUUGGCUGAGGAAGAAGCUCACUUGGAAGAAGGUCGAAACCACCGAAGUAGCAUAAAUGUGUAUAUAGUAC